AUGACCAAAAGACCAGUCCUCCAGAUGAGCGGCAACAAUAUCCUCAAAGGAACCAUUCGUGUCUCAGGAUCUAAAAACGCGAGCCUUCCAAUCCUUGCCGCUACCCUCCUCAACCGCUGCGAAAAUACCCUCGAAAAUGUCCCGAAUCUACUAGAUAUUACGGAGAUGUGCUCGAUUAUGCAGCAUUUAGGGGCCAAGGUGUACCAUCUGAAUGAUCGUCUGCAUGUUCAAACAUCCGAUAUUACAGUUAACGAGAUUCCUGCCAGCCUCGCACGCACAAUACGAGGAUCGAUUCUAUUUCUUGGGCCGCUUUUAGCACGCUUUGGAUACGUCAAACUUCCAUUCCCAGGAGGUUGCGCCAUAGGUACUCGACCUAUUGACCAACACCUGAAGGGUCUUCGGGCUCUGGGGGCUGACGUGUCUUUGGAUGGAGGAGUUAUUGAGGCAAAAGCUCUGACAGGUUUACGACCUGGGGAAGUCAGAUUCGACGUUCCCACUGUAACGGGAACCGCAAAUAUCCUCAUGGCAGCUGCUAGUUUAGAAGGAACAACUUUCAUCUUCAACGCAGCGAGAGAGCCAGAGAUUGUGGACCUGGUAACUGUUCUGAUCAAGAUGGGCGCCUUAGUCAAAGGCGCGGGCACGAGUUCUAUAAAAGUCUGUGGUACAUCGUCACUGAAGCCUGCCUCACACCGAAUCAUGGCGGAUCGCAUUGAAUGUGGGACUUAUAUGGUGGCUGGUGCUUUAGCUGGGCAACCUUUGACGAUCGUGGGAGGUAUAGUUACUCACCAAACAAUUCUCCAGAAGAAACUCGAGGAGCUUGGAGCCACCAUUUUUGUGGAUGGCAAUACUAUAAUGGUGUAUCGAGCAACAAACCCGCGAGCGAUAACUAUCGAAACAGCAUCUUUCCCAGGGAUACCGACAGAUAUGCAAGCACAACUUAUGACAUUGCUUGCUACUGUUCCUGGAAUUAGCACCAUCACUGAAAAUAUCUUCGAAAACAGAUUUGAGCAUGUGCUGGAAUUGAAUCGAAUGGGGGCUCAAAUUCGUGUUCACGGCAGGAAAGCGGUCAUCAUUGGGGUUCCAACACUGAUUGGGACCACUGUAAGAGCAUCGGAUUUAAGGGCUGGAGCCGCAUUAGUUCUUGCUGGCCUCUGUGCAAACGGCUACACCAUGAUUGAGGAUAUCUCGCUGAUAGACCGCGGGUAUGAAAGUAUCGAGGACAAAUUUGCUGACGUUGGUGCAAGUAUAUGGCGCGAGGGGUUGGGAAGCAAAGCUGGACUACCCAGAUUUCAAGAAUGA